CGCCGGGUUGUCAAACAGUAAAGUUUCUCUGGAGCCUCCAUGCGAACUGUCAGCUGAAGACUAACUGAAGGAAAACCUUCCUUUUGGCCAUUUGAGAACUGGGGCAAGCGGUUAAAACAAAAAAAAUCAACAAAAAUAUUUAGUGGUCAUCCUCUGGUGGAGUCGACACAUCGUCCGCCCUGAAAUCCUGAGACAACAGCAGGGAAUAAAAACAGAGACGCGCAGGAGUACAAGUCAAGCUAGUAGCGCAUCAGUGACGAGAGUUGGGACCUGAAAACAUUGUUGCGUAUUUGUGACGACAAAAGACCGCCUGCAACCUGCCGCCCCCGCCUUCAAGGUGCCUUUACCAUGGUGACACUAAAAGAAUCAUACACUUUACAAUAAGCCAGAGGGAAAAACUCCUUGUCACAGUUGCAUUGCCUCACUUUCAGCAUCAUCUUGAUCCCCUUGCCCCCACGACGGCGCUAACCCGGUGCAGCCAUGCAUCUAGAAGUGAAGGUGGCCCUCAACUUCAUCGUGUCCUACCUGUACAACAAGCUGCCUCGGCGUCGAGCUGACCUGUUCGGCGAGGAGCUGGAGAGGAUACUGAUGUCUCGUUUUGAGGGUCACUGGUACCCCGAAGCCCCUCUCAGGGGCUCCGCCUUCCGCUGCAUUCACCUGGGAGCGCCGAGGGACCCCGUGGUGGAGUUGGCCGCCAAGAGAAGCGGACUGGACACGGAGGAGGUGCGUGCAAAUGUUCCUGCGGAGCUCAGUGUGUGGAUUGACCCUUACGAGGUGUCCUACCAGAUUGGAGAGAAGGGGGCGGUGAAGGUUCUCUACCUGGAGGACCCUCCAGGUCUCGGGUGUGACGGCGAGAGGCCUGAGGGGGUGAGCAGAGAGGGUAAAGGAGAUGCGGAGGCGGAGGAGGCCAAGAGUCUGGGCUUUAACCCGGACGCUCAGGUGUUUGUGCCAAUUGGAAGCCAGGCAUCUCCUGCCCUCAUGCCGUCGCUCUCCAGCUCCCCCACGCCUCUGUCUGCCCAGUCCUGCCCCGGGCUCUUCAGCUACACCAGCUCCAGCACGCCCACCGACCCCGCCGCGCACUCCUCAAACACCUCCACCCCUUCUCCUCCCAGCGGCGGGCUGCCCUACCUCUCCUCUCAGCAGCCGCCCUCCGCUCUUCCCGCCACACGUCCUCAACCCAUCACCUUCACCACCGCCAGCUUCGCCGCCACCAAAUUCGGCUCGACCAAGAUGAAGAAGUGCAGCGGGGCCGGGUCGGCGGCCAGCUCCGGAGCCGUCGUACCGCCCGCCCAGAGGAUGCUCACCCGCUCUCCUACCACCAUCUCGGCGCCAGAGCUGCUCAAGCACAAGCCCCUGUCCCUCUCCUUGCACUCCCUCGGAGGUCCCAUCGCCAGCCAGCUCUCUCCCAACGCCAAAGAGUUCGUCUACCCAGGAUCCCCGGGACCCCUUUACUUUGACGCAGACACCCAGCCCAUGCAGCCUCACGCCAGCCCAUUCCAACCCCCCCACACUGUCAACAGCCACCCGUCCUUCGACCCCUUCUCCAGCCCUCCCCCCGCCCAGAGCGUGGGCAUCAUUGGCAGCAACGGAGGAAUCUCGUACAUGGAGAAGCCGCCGUUCGUCGAGGGUUUAGGAAGCUACAACCUGCAAUACCCCAGCCAGUCUUUCCAGCCCGUGGUGCUGGCCAACUAAGCCUUCAUUUGUAACCAUAAGAAUUGUUGUAGGAGGAGGCGGGUUUGGACAAUGACGCUCCACAUAUUUUCAGUUUUCUAACAAAUUCUUCUAAUACUAAUACGAGUUAAGAAUUAGUUUUACUACAAAGAUUUAAAAUACCACUGAAUAAUUAAUGUGAUUUUGUUUUGUUCCUCUAUUACCCCCCAACCCCACCCUGCCCUUAUGUCCGUUGCUGUUACUCAUCACGUUCUCUGAUGACAGGAGUGGGUGGGGGGGGUGAGUUCCUUUUCUACCUUGAGUCGUUGCCAAUCUCUUCAUGUUUUUGCAUUGAAUGUUAAUGUGAGGGACUUUUUGUUGUUUAAUGGACCCGGCCCUAGUAUAGCUCCAUUUUUGCACUGCACUGUCAUGCUGUGAAAAAGGACCUCGCCAAGUCCUGCAGGGAACGACGGCUGUGGAAAAGCUCAGCACUUUGCUCUGCAAUCUGCUCUGCCCUACUUGCCACAAAUACAGAGAGAGGGGGGCUCUGCUUGUCUCCGUGUGUGUGUGUGUGUGUGUAGUCCUGCUCUGUUUUGUUGUGGCUCAGCGUGAUGGAGAGACUCGUUGUUUGCACGGUGGGCCCCGUUACCCUUGAAACGCAUUCGUGCGCAGGCACAAUUUGACUCCGUUGUUGUCACCGGGGCGUACAUUGGGAGCAGUUUAUCAUCAGCUGGAAUAGUGUACACGACGUGGGUUUAAAUGAAGCGAGAGCAGCGGAGGGAGCAGAGAGAAGGAGCAGCGGGGGUGUUGAGGGAGUGAUGUAGUAGAAUGUAUUGUAUCUGUCAGGGGAAACUGCGGCUGGGAAGGUCAGGGAAACCUUGGUGAAUGUGAAAAAAAAAAGCAAGUAAAUCUUUGCAUUUUUAAGACAAUGCGCUGAUACCUCAAUUGUACACACUGGGAUGUAAGUUUCAUACAUGUAUUCAAACACACACAUGCAGAAAUAUACGCACAUAUAUAUACACAAUUAUUUCAGUCAGCAGUGUGUGAAGGUGAAGAGGCGUAGAGGAUGCAGCAGUUAAGCAGUAGGGAUUGUGAUAAAUGGCUUAGCAUGACUUUGACUAUGAAGGAGAGGUUUUUCCUCUGCAGGGAGAUGGGAGGGAAGGGAAGACCGAAGGAAACGAAAGAGAGAGAGAGAAGCAGCUAGAGGGUUUGUUUUGCCUCGGUGGCGUCCAGGCUGUAUUGGCUUUUAGAGAGCGACACUUUUAAAACCCAGAACACGUUUCUGGUGAGCUUAAAUGGUAUUGAAGCCAAAAGGCUCACACUAUUCUCUCCCUCCUCUUGAAAUUCUUCAGCGAUCUCUCUUCUCUGGCUGUUAAACAAAAACCCAGAAUCGUACAGUUUCCCCAGUUAUGUGGACAAAGAUACAAAGAUGAAUGUUCUUCGUUGGUCUGUUGUCGCUUUAUUGGACAGCUUGUCAGAUCUCUGGAAGUCUACUGUUUUUCUAACAAUGGUUUGUUUACCAGCCGGGUCCACGUGAUUGUCGGUUAGUCACUACAGGGAAGGGUAACUCUCAGAUGUCCAUUUGAGCUGUCCGGCACUUUAUUACUGGGCUCCUGAGGCGGCGUGUCGCCCACAGACACAAGCGCUCCCACCAUUCCUUUCGCCCUCUUGUUUGGAAAUGGCACAUUUUAUUCAGCUAAUCAUGAAAUGCUUUAGAGAUUCAAACAGUAUUCGAAUGCAUCGCGCCGCUGAGGAGAUGCUGUUAAGUCUUGUCUGUUUAUUUUUCAAGUAAAUGUUUUUGUAUAAGAUGACCCAAGGACCCUUGACUUGUGCUCACGCUGGUUUUUGCAAUGUGACAGCUUGUCAUACGCAUGCAAGUUUGUAUUUUUUUUUUUCCAAGGGAACGGGUGGGGAGGUACUGUAAAUGUUACGAUUGUGAGGGAAAGAUGCAUUUAUAUAAUUUUUUUUUUUUUGUUUUGUAAUUUAUUUCCAAUAUUUCUAUAUUUUUUUGUUUUUGCAAAAAAUGAUCACUUACAUUUGUAUUGAGUAAGACGAGUCCAGGAAUAUGUAUAUACAAAGUUCUUAUGUUCAGAUUCUUUGUUUAGUUUCUUACAUGCCGAGGUUAUUUUUUCAGAAAAAUAACGUGAAUAUAUGCAAACCGAGUCAAAAAUAAAGAUGUACAGAAUAAAAGUAUUGAAUGUGUAUUGUACCUUGUGCAGCAUUUGUCUACCAAGACGGGUAAAUGUAUUCAUCCUUCAAGUCAGAUUUGAAGUUUAAGAUGUGAAUGUUUACAGUGGGUUUGUGUAGGAAAAGAUGGCUGAUAUCACUUUUGAACACUACUCCCAUAGGCAGUGCGUUUAAACCAAAAAUCUUCACAUUCAUUUUUUUGAGUGCAAUGUCCAUUUUCCCUUUUAUGUGAAUUCACUGCAUAUUGUGGUCACCUCGCCUAUUUUUCCCCCCUGAAAGAUUUUCCGUUUCCUUCUUAAUUUAAACAAUUUAACAUCAACGCUAACACUCCUGUUUUCAUCUAAUUCAGUACCUUAAACCUAGAAAUAAUCAGAUUUAUACCAACAAAAUGUCUUUUAACCUCCCUCAUAUUAUAUAUCCCAUUAAAUUAGACUUUUUCUCACCUCCCAUAUUUCUUUCAGUGGGUUCUCUUCUCCCCAUCAGCCUGGUCCUUUUGGUCCUGAUACUAUAGCCAUAUAUCCCAGACUGUCUUUGCUUACACAGAUGCUCACCCUCCUCCAGUGCAAUGUAACGCCAUAAUUUAAAUUACCCUGAAGGAUUUAAGGGGUUUCUACCUCUCUGCACCCGGGAAUAAAAAAAAAAAAAAAUCCAGUAUAUCUCCUCUGAAGGAAGACGGUGUUACGGCAGGUUCGGAAAUGAUGAAGGAAAUGAAUGUGCUGUGAAUGUUGUUAGUUAACCCUGGUUGAGAUGGCCUGCGGAGGAAACUGCUCAUUUUUUUGUGUGUUUAAAAGACGUGGAGAGAUUUAAUUUUUGUCUCAUGCAUGUCUAAAAUGUCCAAGGGACUCCUUUUUUUCUAUUCCGUAUUUGUCAGAUUAUUCAGAGCAAACGAGGUGCGUUGUUAAAUUUCCUGUGUACAAAUCUGAGGAUGUGAGCGAUUACUGUAAAAGCUGUUUUGCCCUCGCAUCUCUUGAGAGUGAACGCUGUUUUUUUGUGUUUUACACUUGAAAAUGAACACAUUAGAUUAGUGUUGUAAACACACUCUAAACGCAGGCUAUUCUACAAUCAGGGUUGAACAUUAGUGAAGAGGAAAAACAAGAAUUUUGUAUUCUGAUGUCCUUUUGCUUAUAUCGAUGUGUGCGUUUUAUUUUGCACUUUGGAAUAUUUCAUUGUCAUAAAAGAAGUUUAUUUUCUAUGUAAAAGUUUAACAUUUAAGAGUAAAAUAAAUCGAAUUAAAAGUUCAGAUGAUGUAUAAAUAUAGUGCUUUCUUUCCUGCCUGUAUUUUAUUAUUUUUUGUUCCUAUUUUGUAUCCGAUCUGUACACCCUGUAGAUGUGUAAUGAAUCUUUCACUACUGAAAUGCAAUGACCUGUUUUCUGUGCUGCCCCUCCCCCGGGGAAUGGGGAGUUACUACUGCAGUUUCUUAUUGUAUCAGAUUCUUUUUUAAGUUUGUAAUAAAAAACAACAGAUUGGCAAAGAAUAAGCAUGGAAAAUAA